UACAUCGCUGCAUUAACAACCAUGAAAUUCGUAAUCGCUAUCGUUGUCGUGGCCCUGGCGUGCCCCAUCUACGGCCAGGAAGAGAAGAAUAUCGAGAAAAGAGGAAUCAGUUACGGAUUGAGUUCUGGAGGCGGUUAUGGCGGCGGUUAUGGCGGCGGUCAUGGCAGCUAUGGAGGAGGACUGUCGAGUUCCUCCCUUGGAGGCGGAAGCUACGGUGGAAUUUCCGGAGGGCACAGCGUAGGAUACAGUAGUGGAGUUUCUGGAGGAUACGGUGGGCACAGUCUAGGAGGCUCUGGAGGAUACGGUGGUGGAAUUUCCGGAGGAUACGGUGGUGGACUUUCCAGCGGAUACGGCAGACAUGGAUGGUGA